GAAAUGGAGUCCAAGCAGAAACACAUCAAGUUUAUGGCUCAGCAGUACCUAGACGGCAGCCAGAACUGGACAUCCAAAACACCGCUGCUCUAUAAGAGGCGUGCGCAAUCCUACCGGGCUCAGCUGAGCAGAGAAACCAGCGCCUUGCCACUUUUCCCAGACAUCCAUGGCGGAAGACAGAGCAGAUCUCAAGCAAAGCCAGAAGGCCGGCUACAGCUGACGUUGAACAUAGACAGCCCCGGGCCAGCAGCGUACGGACCCCCUAACAUGACCGGCAGGGAAACCAACGCUCCCUCCUACACCUUUGGGUGGAAAACACCCCCUCGAGAUGGUGGAGGGCGUCGUGCCUGGCAAAAAUCUUGGUUCCUGAGCAAGAACCCAUUCAUCAGGAAAGUGGAUUUUGUCCACGAAACCAACUGGCCAUCCCCUUUCCACUACUGCCAGCCCCUGGGAUCCCAGCCGGCCAACCGGCCCAACAGCACAAAUUUCACCAUCGGCCAAAAGGGCGAGUUCUCUUUAGUCAACAAAGAUACGCUCGACGACCCGGCCCCCAACAGGUAUAACACAGAACGCGCCUACGACUACGUGCUCUACAGAUCGCCCUCCUAUAUUAUCAGCCCCGCGCCGCUAACUGGACACAGUUGGGCCAGAAAAGGAGGCACCCCCGGUCCUGCCGCUUACAACGUGGAGAUGGGGUACAGCGCCCGCCUGCCCAACUCCCCCAGCUUCUUCAUCCAAGGCGUGAGGCGGCCCAAGAAACAUGAGACGGGGCCCUUUUCAACGCUGUAA